CACCAGCUUCCACUGGAAUUUUCGAAAAUCGGGAAGUCGCCGGGCUCCAAUUAUGCCUGAUCGGAGCUCUGACGCCGGCACCAGCAUGGAUCAUAGGGCGGGAGGGGGGUACAUAGGGCUCCGGCGACCGACUCUGGCCGGGUGUAUCGACCGCGAUUGGCCGAACGCGACAAGGGCGCUCCGACGGCCCGCUUGGGCAGGCUUAGAAAACCGGGAAAAGAGGGGGUUGGGAAAAGCCUCGAUGGGCGGGUAUAGAAGCGGCCUCGGCAUGUGGAUGGGGGAAGGGGCUUUGGCCGUGCGGCCGCCGGCCGGGCCGGGCCUUGGACAUUGGAGGAACGUGGCCAGCGCGCGGGGUUUCGCGCCAGGUCUUCGCCGGCUGAAUCCGCUAGUAAACUACCUGCCCGCCUGCGCCGAUGGAGGCCACGCGCCCCGGCCGGAAUGCCAAGAAACCCGAGGCGCGCGCGCUGCCGGGCGGCUCGCGGUUUUGCCGCGCGGGCCAUUCGUUUUUAUCGCCGGCCGAAAAGGCGCUUGCCGGCGCGCCUGCAGGAAAAGCUGCACCACCCAGAGCGCGGUCGCGCGGGGCCGUGCCGCAAAGUCCCAAGGGCCCCCGUGGACUGCUGCAAGAAACUUCUUGCAAAGCGGAGUCGGUCGGAGCCUCGCUGCUGGGCCUCGUGGCGCAGCGCGAACGCUUCCAAUUGCCUAUCGGUUCGCGGUUCUUUUGUCAUCCGCCGCGAAAGGACCUCAUUCGGCCGAUGCCUUGUUUUUUUCUAGCGAGUGGCUAGGUGCUCCUAGCGUAAAAUAUCAUAGAGCGAGGCACCGGCUCAUGUGGAGCGGAGCGACAGUGAUUUCAAGGCGUGCCUGCGUGUACUAAAUACAAAGGCAUAAAAAGCGUAGCGACUUGCUCCACUUAGUUUCUUCGCAAUACCCCAACCGCGGCCGCUCGCGUACGGCCGAUCGGAAUCGCGCCUGCUGGCCUGCGCGGUAAGAUAAGACCGCUCUGCGCGGUGCAGACGACCAUGGCCCUGCAGCAGUCCCGCCUGGCUGCGCCCGCUAGCCUCCGCGACGCGCCUUUCCAGCAAUGAUCCGGCGCGGGGGGCAGCCGCUCUUUCUAGCGGCGAUCGCACUACUGCUGGACCCCGUCGGAGCUCGGUUUGAAACCGCCGUCGCGGGAGCCGCCGGUCCUUCGGGCGCCCAGUCGGCCACCAUACCGGAUCAUCGAAAAGUGGAGCGCAGAAGGCUUUCCCAGGCUUCGGAUGAUCACCCCUUGUCUCCGGUGAUAGUCGCGGAUCAGUACGAAAUCAGCAACGGUGGCGAAGCCUUUGCGCUCUUCCUCGGGGUGAUGUAUUGCUUCGCAUUCUUAGCCAUCGUCUGCGAGGAAUUCUUUGUUCCAAGGUAAAAGAGUGUAAGUAUCUAUCUACGACUUCUUGCUGUUUUGUUCCACCUUCGAGGCGAGCUCACAUAUCGCUUUGUGUCCACCGAAUUGCUGCGCCGCGGGUUCAGCACGCCUGCUGAUUUAGAGCCUAUGAAUGUCGUCCACCGCCCUUCACACCAAAACAAAAAAAAACCCUUUAAUCCACUCAGCCUCGAGGUUCUCGCGGAGCGCGCGGAACUUUCGGAGGAUGUAGCGGGCGCGACGUUUAUGGCGGCCGGCGGGAGCGCGCCGGAGUUCUUCACGAGCCUGAUCGGGUGUAUGUGGUUGACCGAGUCGGAUGUGGGCGUCGGCACCAUCCUUGGAUCCGCGGUCUUCAACGUCCUGUUCGUCAUUGGUGCCUGCGGCAUCGUGUCCCCCGAGCCGCUGAAGCUGUCGUGGUGGCCGCUCUUCCGGGACAGUUUGUGGUACGCGUUCGCCCUGCUCUGCGUGCUGUUCACGUUCCUCGACGGGAAGGUGUUUCCCGCCGAAGCAGCGCUGCUCUUCUUGGUUUACGUGGCCUACUGCUGCUUCAUGGCGCGCUCGGAAACGAUAGAACAGGCAAUCUGUGACCAGUGGGAGGAAUCGGCCGGGCAACCGCUAGCGCAGGUUUGAUGGAACAUCUUCACGUGUUUCGCUUUUUCAAAAUGCCGCAGAAGUAAAGAAAACCAACUGAGCCACCGGAUGCCAUUGAUCUGAAUUUUAAAAAAAAACGCAGCGAAUUCUCGGCCUGUGUUCGCUCGCGCUGGGACGGGGAGCUACACACGUUGAGGCUUUGUCACCCACGGAAGCUGGGGGCCGAGAUCCUGCAGGAUCGCCAACGCUUUUGGAAGAAGCCGGGAUGAAUGAGCAGUACAUUGAAUUUUCAUCAGAAACAUUUUCCGCGUUGUAGCAAGGCUUUCUGUCUUUGAGGAAAGAAAAAAUAAGGAGUGUCAGAAGUUUUUACACAACACACAUUUUCAUUUCAGUGAACCACCUUUGCCGGAAGAAGCACCCGGAACUUGCGCACAGGAGCGUCAGAUUUCUGGUGGAAGUAACCCUCCUUCCCCGACCAACCAACCCGUGACGCCAACACGAAACGGUCGGCACAGCCGCGCUCUAAAGAAGACCCAGUCUUUUGAUGACGGCGGGACGGUGAGAGGGCGAGAUUCGCAUCGAGGAAUGCCAACGUCCGGCGAACAUGCAGGCGGGCGAACGUCGCAGCACGGCCGCGUCAUCUUCAAGCCGAUGCGAAGUUCGUUGAAAAGGCACGACUCGGUGUCCAGCUCCGUGCACUUGGGGAAGGAGGAGAAGACAACCUUCAAGUUUCGCAGGAAGCGCGCGAACACCAUCACCAAUCUUCUCAACGAGCCCAUGGCGGCCCAAAUCGCGACAAUCGCGAAUCGGGCGAUGCUGGAGCAAGGAGAGGGCGGUGGAGAUCAUGCGGAGCCUAGUAAAAGAGCCUGGGACUCGCUCGUGCCGGUGGAUAGUCCGUAAGGAUUUUUUUCUGUUUGCGAGUGACGCUGGGAUUGAUAUAACUAGCUUCCUUUCGUAUGAUGCUUUCAGACCACGAGCGAGAUUCGUUCUGCGUUGUUUUUCGUCGUGGAAAAACACGUAAACUAAGAACAAAACAUGACACCAGUGACGACGAAGCGGACGAAAUAGACCCCACAAGCCCGAAUGGAAGACACUCGGCAAUCAAGAACGCGCCCCUCGCAGCUGACGCCGAGAUGAAUCAGAACACCAGCGGGAUCCCCGCAAUCACUCCGCCGGACGGGCCCACGAUAGACGAGGACGACGACGAGGACGAAGCACGGCCACUGGAGCUGGUGUUCCCGACGAGCAUGAAGCGCCGCGCGAUUUUCAUUGUGACGUUUCCCAUUCUAGUGACCCUUCUGUACACCGUGCCCGAUGUACGUCGACCCGAGCGGAAAAAGUGGUAUGCGCUGAGUUUUGGCGCCUCGUUGCUGUACAUCUCCGUCGCUGCCGCCUACAUGGUCAAGUGGGCCUCAAUUCUCGCCGCGUGGGUCGGCAUAGAAGUGCGAAUUCUAGGGCUGACACUGCUUGCCGCGGGAACCAGCGUGCCAGAUCUGCUCGCGUCGGUCAUCGUCGCAAAAGUUGGCAAGGGAGACAUGGCAGUACGUUUUUCCUGUCAAAUACGAUGUGAGGACCACUUUCGUUGAGAAUAACAAUGUGAAAAGCAUGAUUGUUGCUGCUCUCCUGGUCAGCGUGCUUCCUACCCAGUCGUGCACAGAAGGUGCUGCACGCAACGAAACUAACAGGUAAGCAGCUCGAUUGGAAGUAACAUCUUCGACGUCUUAGUUGGGCUCCCGGUGCCAUGGAUGGUUUACACGGCUUGGAACAACGGGCGACCAAUGGGCAUCUACACAGACAACAUGAUUUUCUCCACUUUGGUGCUGCUACUGAUGUUGUUAACCACGGUUGGAUUAGUAGUCAAGGCCGAGUGGGUUUUGUUUCGCAACACGGGGUACUUGAUGCUGGGGCUUUACUUGGUCUUCAUCUCACAGGCCUGCGCGUUGUCUCUGGCGGAAGUGAAGUUGUUCUGAAAAGUUUUCUUCCUCUCCAUUGGAGAUCCUUUAGAAGAGUAUAGCAACACAACAGUGCAUCAUGGUUGUUUUUCAGUAUUCUUUUAGCAGGUGCGCGGGUGCAAAACCCGAGCGCGUGGUCGGGCUUCGUUUUUCAUACCUACGAAUACUUGUUCGUAACUGCGUUACGACGCUCUCAAUAAUAGCUCAACAGACCAAGUGAUAGUGAACCAAGAAAGUUUCAGUGAAAAGAAAAGCACACAGAAGUAGGUGCUGGCUUUGACCAGUAUGGUGACAAGAUAGGAAGUGAAACCUUAGACAUGUGUAGAUAGUGAAGAAAAGGAGCAAGUCAGUUUCAACGUUUCCAAGAGAUAUCAAUAAAGACGCGAAAAAUCUUCAGCACGCUGCUCAUUUAUUUUCGUCGAGUACACUAAAGGUGUUCUCGGCUUGUGCGCCGGUGGGCGGUCUGAG